AUGUUCGGCAAUUACUUGGUUUGCAAAUCAAGCGAUGAAAUCAGGCAAUACAGUAUAGUUCAGAUUGAUCCUGUGGUUUUAGAAAAUGGUGAUAUGUUGGUAUCUCUUUCGCAAAUGAAUCGAAUAGCUCUUUGGGGAACAGAUAUCGUCAACACGAACAUGAUCUCGAGUGACAUUACGAACACCUUUGUCAUAUACGUCAUUCCUUCUGGCUUGCGAUGUCAUUUCUUUAGUGUUCAUGAUUUCAGUCAAACCUUCACGGUCACUCCCCCGAAAUCGAGCGGUAAUUUAUUGCGGCUCUUGAAAUUGAGCACGGGUAUUGACCUUUCGGAGAGGACAGAAAUUCUCUGGGUAAAGCUCAUUCCAAAUCUUCAACACUUAAACAAUCAAACAUCAGACAUCUCGCUGUUCAUUCAUGAGGUGGACAAUAAAAAAUUCAUUUUAUGGCCUUGGGAACUUUGCCUUUUGCAGUUUGGAUAUGAGGAUUCUCGCCUCGAAGAAAAACAACAGGGUCCUUCUUCAACAGAUCCUCUUCAACUCAUUCAUAGAUUCAUUGACUCAUUAGCAUUUGAGAAAGAGGAGUUUACAUCGAGAAACGGCCCUCCAUUCACUAAUUCGAAUGCGAAUGCGCAUCUGACUAGUAAUAUGUUCAACUACAAUGUGCCUAGCUCGAUUUCAACCGGUAGAAGCUCUGGUCAAGGUACAAUGCCGGAAUUUUUGCAGAUCAAAUCUGAUACACCGGCAGCACUGGUGUCUGAAAGUAAUGGCAGACAAAAUGUUAGUCAACUUGAGGAACUGCAGCAAGGGGAUACUGAGGAAAGGAGCAGAAUGCAACCUGAUACGGCGAAGAGUGGAGUAAAAGCAGAUGACGACAAAUUUCAUGACUCGAAAACAACAGAGACAAAAGGCGAAGCCCAUAUGGAUGACAUUAAUGAUGAUGAGGAUCUCUUUGGGGAGAGCUCCGGCUCGGAAGAUGUAGAUUCAUCAACGAUAAGUAAGACUGAUAAAGAUCGUGCCGAUAGAGCUUCAUCGAACGUCAAUGCCACUUAUUCAAAGGAACAUUCAUCUGUCAAACAAAUGGCGCCUUCUACUGCCGAAAAUACUUCUAGUUGUGCGGAUGAAGAGCAUAUAAAUGAAACUUCGAUGAGUCCGACGACAUUCGUGAAUAUUCCCAAGGACCAGAUGAUUUCUGAUAUCGAAUCUAUACCCUCUUCUUACAAAGAUCCUGGUGCUCCGUUGUCAAUCGUUCCAACUCCGAUUAUUCCGCAACACUCGAAUUUGGGUGUCGGUCCUAACGAUUAUUCGAAUCUUUCGAAGCUAUCAUCUCUUCCACAUCGUGCUCGUUUGAGAUUGGAGCGGGCAAGAGAGCCGCUCAACAAUCCUGAACGGCAAGGUUAUGUCUUCUCUCCUCUUCGUUUUAACCCUGUUAUCAAAAGCAGUAUAGACACGAAGUAUGGGAAAGGAGGUAAGUUUUAUGUCUCGCAAAAUGCUAAUCAAGACUACGAACAAAAAGUAAGGCGGCCAAGAGAGACAAGUGUGAGUCAUGGGUCACCGAUACAACUUGCUAAUGAUGAGAACAUACUUGGAGAUAUGCCCUUUUUUAACAGUGGUCGAGAUCCGGGCCAUGAAGCUUCAUUUGUAAAGCCUCAACCAUCGGAGCUGCAUGAGUCUACCGAAACGCAACAUCACGAUGAUGCUAGAGAAACUGACAAUGAUGACGAAGAAGAAAGUGAUUUUGAUGAAGACUAUGAUGAUCAUGAAUUGAAAACGUCACCUUUGCAACUUAAUAUAUCAAAUCAAGACCCUCAAAUCGGUCUUUCUUCUACCUACGAUGCCCUUGAUACCCAGAACCUGAACCAUCCGACAUUAUUUCCUCACACAAGCAUGUUGUCGCCCAGCAAUGAGGAGUCAAAAAAUAAACUAUCUACCUUCGAGUCCCCUCCUCCCCCAAAUUCGUUAGGAAACAUACAGGGUCUGGUAAUGCUGCCAGUAUUCGCAUCUCAGUUUGGUAAUAAAGAUGAUUCGACGGUACCUGGUAGUGAUAUGAAAGAUGGCGAGGCGUCACUUGCGCCCACCUCCAGCAUGAGCCCCUUAAAUUCCUCUUCCAAUGCCAUGGGAGAGUCUUCCAAUUGCCUUCCACUAAUUCUUCGGAGUAUCAAUGUGCUAACAAUACCUCCAGAGUUUAUUGUUGAAAGGAAGAGGGAGAGAUGGGACGACGUCACAAUGCUGUCGGGGUUUGACAUAACAGUAAUGGAGGAUAUGGAGGACAUUAAUGAUGGUAGAUUCGGGCAUCUUUCGGUGAAGAGCAAAAACAUCGAAGAAUACCUAAAAUGGGUUACAAAUAAUGUCGUAUUUGACUUUGGCGGUUUUGAAGCUCGAAACCUGUCGAAGAUCAAACUUCCUUCUGAAAGUAUUGUACAUGAUGACACUCCUGAGUCUGAGCCGUCCGAACUAGUUAUCGACACUUUCAAGAACAUUUUUCCUUUGAGCUUUCGAAUGGGUCUCGAUGAAUUUAGAUUUGGGCACAACUUCUCAACCUCUGCAGAAAAUCACGAAGAUCCCACAAAGAAGAAUGAGAUGGACUUGCUUGAGAGAAUGAACGACAAUGUCGAGUUAGCGGGUAGUGUUUCACAAGAUAUGCGACAGUUAUCCUGGGACUCAAUUUAUCAUGAUGUUGGCGAAAAUAAGAAAAAUGCACUUCAAAGCAUGGUGCUCCUAGACGAAGCAAGACAGAAGUGGGAGACUCAUAAAGGAGAGGACGAUGCUUUCACGUCUUUGCAUGAUGUGAAAGUCAAGGUUAUAAAGAAUGCCUCAGAUGAAAUUAACCUCGAUUUUCUUGGGUUGAGGUUCUGGCAUUAUUUGAAAUUUAAACCCAUUCACAAGCCAAGAAACUUUCAGGUAUUGCUAAUAUCAGAGAGCCUGAGCGCGGGAAAUGACCGAACUACUCUUGAUGGCGGUAAUCUCUCAUUUUUGAGCCUUUUAAGAAACAAUUAUAAGGACAACCAUUUUGGUGAUAUCAAGAGAUUGUCUCUACAGGUCCCAGAUGACAGACAAGACUUGGAAGGGCUAACCAAUGGCAUUAUUCUGGCUGAGAAUGUAUUGAAUGAUGCCACAUAUGGAAAAUACUACGGUAUGAUAAACAGAACCUUGAAGUCGUUGGCGGAAUUGAUUAAGCUUGAUCUCAUCAAUAAAAUCAACAGAUUCGAUUUUGAUCGCCCUUUGUUACUCCUAUUCAUAAGCUUUGAUCGAAGCCUAAGCUCGUUAUCGCUGAUAUCUAAGCUUUGCAGGAACUUUAAAACAGCGCUCAGCAAUCAACAUCUUUCUUUGGUUGAUUUGUUCUGCCACAUUAUACCCGGUGAUUUAAUUAUGAAACAGUGCGGCCAAGAACGAAGAUUGCGAUACCUCUCGAACACACAGAUGACGAAUAUCUCAAUGCUAUUGUAUAAUAAGUGUCCGAGUCAAAAAAUCAGUACUUCACUCAGUAAAAAACUCGAAGUUACAGAGCUCUACACAAGAUUAGUUAAAGAGAGCCCUGUAGCGUUGAAUUCAAAGAUCUAUAACCGCUCCAUGAAUGCAGAUGGCGGAGUCGCGUUACUUGAUGAUUUGUUCUUACAUGUUGCCUACGAGCGUUCCAUUGAUCGCAGGUGGGUAUCAGCGGCAUGGUCAGAUCCACACGGAGCUGUUAUCCGUACGAAGUCGUGGCUUUGCUCAACAAAAAAACCUUCUUCAUCAGCUUCACACGACAUCGGAGCCAUUAUUGGAGAAAUCUGGGAUGUCUCCAGCUCGCUCUUCAAAAUUCUCAACGACGAUGAUUCCCGCAGAGCAUGUACGACGGGAGGCAAAAGAUACUUGGUAUUAACUAGGAUAAACAGCAUUUUACCAGACGAUGAGCUAGUCUUUUGGAAAAGAUUGACGACUAAGUAUAAGGAAAUGUCUUUGAUUGUACUCUCUGCCAAUCGAAUGCCUAAAGCAAGUUUCAAUUUAGAAGAUUCGUGCUCACAACCAACUGCUUCAUGCGGUCAGUCGCCAAAAAGUAUGCCUGCUAAUCAGAAAGGUAAGCUUUAUGGCCUUCCUUCGCUGCAUGGGUCAGAAUUACUUGGAACAUUUGGUGAGUCGGGUGUGCCAUACACUUCUUCACCAGCCAACGCUGAUAUGAAUUCGACUUCACCUAUCAAUUCAGGCGGCAUCACCGUGCAAUCCCCAAAUCAGUUCAUGAAUUUGUCAGCCAAUUUUUUGAGCCCCCAAGAUUGUGGUCCCUCGGGGCAAUUACCGGAAAGUACCACAAACGAUGAAGCAAAUUUGGUCCUUCAAGACGAGAGCCUUGAAAUCAUGGGCUUCAUACCGCAGACAUCCCUCCCCUCUACGAACUCGCCAACAAGACUUGCUAUGAGGAAUGGGUACUUGAUCAAAACGCAAGAAAGAUCCGACGCACCCAAAGUACCGAAAAUUCUUGUAUUUGAGGUGUCACUUCUUAGCUGUUCAAAUCAUUGGAACGUAAACAAUCUUAUGAAAAUCCUACUUAACCAGCUAAAAAAGCUCAUCUAUCUCAAUCAAGUUGUCGGCGUAUGUGACAUUGGAGACAAUUUUGUUUCCGGGAAUUUUUCUAGAGGUACGCAUAAGAAAACAAUUCGAUCCAUAAUCCCCUGGCAUAUUAAUGCUGUUGGGAAAUGCUUGGACUACUUAGUCCACAUACGUGUUGAUGAAGACCCCCUAGCCUAA